GCGCCUGGGCCAGCCGGCCGGCCACAUCUGGAAUUCAUUGCAGCCGCAGCCGGAAAGAGGAGAGGAGGGCGGGGCGAGCGGGGGGCAGAAGCGGUGGCUUUCCCCGCCCCCACCUCUGUCCCUGGUCCCAGCCCCGGGACGCUGCCGAGCCCGGCGGGCAGCCCCAGCCCCAGCCGCGGCCGCCCCGGGGACGCAGACGCCAAGGCCCCUCCGGCCAGGGCAGGGAGCCGGGCCGGCCUAGCCAGUUCUGACAGCCCCAUGGCCCCAGCGGGCCACUGAGCCCCACCAUGGGCAGCUUGUACUCGGAGUACCUGAACCCCAACAAGGUCCAGGAACACUAUAAUUAUACCAAGGAGACGCUGGAAACGCAGCAGACGAGCUCCCGCCAGGUGGCCUCGGCCUUCAUUGUCAUCCUCUGUUGCGCCAUUGUGGUGGAAAACCUGCUUGUGCUCAUCGCGGUGGCCCGCAACAGCAAGUUCCACUCGGCCAUGUACCUGUUCCUGGGGAACCUGGCCGCCUCCGAUCUGCUGGCAGGUGUGGCCUUCGUAGCCAAUACCCUGCUCUCCGGCUCUGUCACACUGAGGCUGACGCCUGUGCAGUGGUUUGCCCGGGAGGGUUCUGCCUUCAUCACGCUCUCCGCCUCCGUCUUCAGCCUCCUGGCCAUCGCCAUCGAGCGCCACGUGGCCAUUGCCAAGGUCAAGCUGUACGGCAGUGACAAGAGCUGCCGCAUGCUGCUGCUCAUCGGGGCCUCAUGGCUCAUCUCGCUGGUCCUCGGUGGGCUGCCCAUCCUUGGCUGGAACUGCCUGGGCCACCUCGAGGCUUGCUCCACUGUCCUGCCUCUCUAUGCCAAGCAUUACGUGCUGUGCGUGGUGACAAUCUUCUCCAUCAUUCUGUUGGCCAUCGUGGCGCUGUAUGUGCGCAUCUACUGCGUGGUCCGCUCAAGCCAUGCUGAUGUGGCCGGACCGCAGACGCUAGCCCUGCUCAAGACGGUCACCAUCGUGCUGGGCGUCUUUAUCGUCUGCUGGCUGCCCGCCUUCAGCAUCCUCCUCUUGGACUAUGCCUGUCCCAUCCGCUCCUGCACAGUCCUCUACAAAGCCCACUACUUUUUCGCCUUCGCCACCCUGAAUUCGCUGCUCAACCCCGUCAUCUACACGUGGCGCAGCCGGGACCUUCGGCGGGAGGUGCUUCGGCCGCUGCUGUGCUGGCGGCAGGGGGCGGGGGUGCAAGGACGCAGGCGGGCCGGGACCCCCGGUCACCGCCUCCUGCCACUCCGCAGCUCCAGCUCCCUGGAGAGAGGCAUGCACAUGCCCACAUCGCCCACAUUUCUGGAGGGCAACACAGGGGUCUGAGGGGCGGGUGGAACAACCAUCAGGCCAGGGGACAGAGGGGUUCAUGGAGAGGCCACUGGGUGACCCCAGACAGAGACGAGGGGCUGCCGAGCCAGAUGCCCCACCCCACAGACCUGGGUGAUGUUACAAGUAUUUCACACCUGGAAAGGCCAGAUAAGGCACUGACUAGUCACAUAUCAGUGGGGUCUUUAAGGCCAGUGUGGUGGCAAAUGUGACUCCUUUAGAACUGGAUCCUGGGGAGGCCAGUGCAGGGCACCUGUGAAGAGCCAGGGUGACGGCAGGUAGAAUUUAGGGGAGCUCAGGGCAGGAGCAUUUUACUACCUGGUACAAAGGAUUUCUCCUUCCUUCCUUCCUUC